AUGCACGGCUCACGCCGCGUUGCGACCUUACAGCCGGGUGACUACGAUCACGAGAUUACAAUCUUGGACGAUGAGGCCGAAGAAGGAUCACAACGAGCUGCAAGCUCUGAAGGCAGAGCGCUCAUUGCCUCGAAUACCGCUUCACGCCUGCUAUCUGACCAGGAAGCAGAGACAGAGGAUGACCAGGAGCGGCCUUCGCACCGUGGCGAGAGACACGGCCAGGACGACACGCAUCUGCAGCCAAGCAGUGCGUUGAAGGCGAAAAACGCCGAAACUCAUAUUUACCAGCUCCCUACUGCGGAGACGACCAGCGAUUUACGUCCUUCAGUUUCCGGCGAAGGACCCUCAAUCGAAAUCCGAGACAAGCGGGAGACGGCUAUAGAUAUUCUAUACGAGAAUGAAAGAGGCGGAUUUUUAUGUUGUGGCGUCGGCUUGUUUUCUGCCGCAGCUCUCGGCGGGCUUGACCCCACCCCUUGGACCAAUGCUUACCACAAUCCAUCUCCCACUGAUAUUCAUACUGCGCAGGUUCCCGACCCGUCGUGGGAGUGGGUAUGGCCUGAAUGGCGGAUCAAUGAGCAAGACGGCUUGGAUGAAGGUGGCUGGGAAUAUUCUUUUGCCUUUCAAAAGGCAUUCUCAUGGCACGGACCAAAGUGGUGGAACUCGUUUGUCAGACGGCGUGCAUGGAUUCGGAAGAGGGCGAAGAAGCGGCCUGAAGAAGCAGCAAUUGGAUCGAAUCCUCUUGCCAGUUUCGACUAUUUCCACACUGGGCUACCAUCCGUCCUAAGCCCGCAAGGUAGCCGGGUCGGCAGCAGAGCUCCAAGCAGGGCUCCGAGCCGAUUUAGUACGACGCAGGCAUCGUCUGUUGAACCAGAGCAAAAUCGACCCGAUAUCGAGGAUAUACACAUGCUUCUUCAUAUCCUCCGCACUGCCAGGAUUGACCGAGAGAGGCGAGAAGCUGUCGAAAACUAUAUCGAGCAUGCGAUAGACUUGUCAGAACUACAGCAUGAGAUGCAUGAAAUCAUGUGUCUGUUCAUAUUCCAACAAUCACGCAGGCAGCUGCUAUCAUAUUUAAUGCAUAAACACGAAGAGACGGCAAAAGCAUGGGAGGAAGACAAGAGUCUAGAAUUGAAGGUUCGCAAAGAGGCCCUUGACGCCGCCGUGAGGCAUGCUGAAGAAGAGGUCUGCAAGCUGGCUUACUGGAGCGAUGUGAAGCAGAUGGCUGAGAGCGGAGAAUUGCGCGACGUUGUAAAUGCAUAUACCCUUUUUGUGUUGGAGGAGUUGAAUUAUGAGACAAGAUAUCUGACUCUUAAUAAAGAGCCUCUUGUAUUUUCGUUCAACCGAGCUGAGACGAUAUUACCUGCUUCAGAAAAUCCGUCCUCGAAAGCGGCACGCCCCAACAAUGCACGAAAUCGCAUGUUUAGGGAGACUUUUCGAGAAAAGAGUGCGGCACAGUCAACAGAUGUACAACGGAAGCUCGCUUCGCCGUAUGUCCCUACGGUGAGGGGCUAUCCGCUGGCACAUGCAGCGGAAGAGAGCAAAGUGCAUGCGUUGCAGGUGGCGAAGGUGCAGGUGGCGUUUGAUAUGAUAUGGCGGGAUUUCGGCCAGGAGAUGCCGGACUGGUCUGAGACGUUUAACCUGCUGAAGAGAAUGAUGACAAAGAGGAGCGAGCCGUUGAGCAUGGCGGCGAUGAGGAUUGUUCUGCCCAAGUCGUGGGAGCUGGAGCUGGACAACAAGAAGGUUGAGUUUGUGGAUUCGACGACGGGGCUGCUCGCAAAGCUACGGGUUUCUUCGGAUCAUCAGAACCCUUCGGCGAUCAUUCUACGUGGAAAGAGCUCAGUGUUGGCCAGUGCGGCGGAGGAAUUGGUAGCCGCGUGCAAGGACGUUGAAGUAUAUAAGCUUGGAGAAGUUGCGGCAUUUGGCUACGAGGUGAAGCGUCUUUGGCCCGCAAUUGAGGAUGCCGUGGAUGGUGGCACGUUUAUUCCGGAGGACAAACUCGACAACAUCUGGGUGCAUCAAGAGCAUCAGACGCAUUGGAUCGAGUCGCCGUAUGAGCAGACUCCCAAGCCGGAGCAGUGGACGAUUGAGAAUCUCGAAUCAUACAUCACAACGCUUGUUUGCGGCCGGCUGCGUCCGCAUCUUGCACUACGCUACUACGUAAAACCCGAAAAGGACGGCAAGUUUGUCGACACGGAUGGCAUUAGAAUUCGCAUGAUCAUGGAUGCCCUCACGGACCCCGAGGCAAAAGCCUGCAUUACACCGUCGAUGCUGAAGAUGGCCAUGUCAUUCAUGGCUCAUAAAGGAGGCCAUCGGGCAGAUGCAGACCGACUGCUAGCCCUGGCAGAAGAAUGGGGUAUCCCUCUGGAUACAGAGGUUUUCAACAUCAUGCUCGAAGGUUACGUCACUAAACGCGACGUUGGCUUCUUCCACUGGCUGCUUCGAAAGAUGGAACAGCGAUACUUUCACCCCAAUGCGCGGACGUGGCUACUAUUCCUCGAGCUUGUCGAAAAGGAGACUGAAAGAAGACAAAUCAUCGUGGCCAUGUACGACUUGGGUUUAUUCAAGGAUCCCGCCACACGCAGGGGAAUCGCGCGGAUCAUGGCCGCCCAUGACGCCUACGUUGCUUUUAAAUCAGGAAAAAGGCUCCCUAUCUUCAUGGCGGAGCAGAAGUCGCGGUAUGGUGAUGACUGGUUUACGGCAGAUGCUAUAAAGAGCAUAUUAACAGAGUUCUUCCGGUUUCACGAGCGGAACAAUCGUCGCUAUGACGAGUUUAAGAGCCUCAUCGAAAUGCAGUCUGAAGAUGGCCGCAAGGUCGGCGUCGACACCAUUAACUUGGUUCUAGAAACAUGCCUGUUCUACAAGGACUGGGAUACCGCCAUUUGGGCGCUUACCAAGUUGAAGGAGUCCGGGUAUGAGGCAGACGCGACGACGUAUCAGUAUAUUAUUCGGCUGGCUAUCAGGCUUCAGCUGCCGCACGCCCUUGGUGUUGCUGUCUUUUACGGGGCGCUGGAGUAUAAACUACAGUAUCUUACGAGAAUCAUUCUGCGCCGUCAUCUGGCAAAUCAUGUCAAAGAUACAUUCUGGCUGCAGCACAAGCCCAAGAUGCUUUCCAAAGAGAUGGGCCGCCUCCUCCAGGACAACCGGAACAGAGGGAUAUCCAGGAUGCUGUCCCGCGUGGAAUGGGCCAUCAACCAAGUCUGUGAGGGAUAUAAGCCCGCGAAGCCCCUCGUAGAAAUGCUCGAUCUGGCUCAGCGGACCAAAGAUAGGCCGCUGCUGCUGCGGCAUAGAUAUCCCAAGGACUUCCAAUACGAGGGCGCUGAUGCCCCCAGUGAUGAUUUGGCGAUUAAGAUGGUCGGGAGUGGGACGGCGGAUAAGAAAGCGAUGUAUGUGCAUUUGAACUGGCAUUUUGAUCCAAAGACAAUGGUGAAAGGCUGGAAUGAAGAGAAGGCGAAGAAGUCUCAGGAAUGGUUUGAUCGAAAUAAAAGGAUACCGGGUGACUUGAAAAGGAGUUCUUGA